AUGGCUGUCCAGUCUGUCCAGGUCGCAGGUCCAGGGUGGACGCCCCAGCAAGCAGGUACGAGGAUUGUGAGCGCCCAGUUAGCGGUUCGGCGAGGCUCGGUCGUCUCCACCCGUCAGGCACGCCAGUCGUUUCUAAACCGGAUCCAGUGUAGGUUCAUCGCGCGGCUGAAGCAGGCGGGCAGCAACCCAGCGGGCAGCACCAGGGCUAGCGUGGACGCCGUCGGCCUCAACUCGACACUGGGGCAUUGGCAGUGGUCGUCGCGACUGAUCGACGCCGAACCCACCGGUGUGUCCGAUAGGCGGUCGCUCGCUCGCUGGCAGGCCUCCCUCCCCUUGCAUGUUGGGAGUCAGGUGCAUCGGAUCUCCUCCACGUUUGCAGUUCCUGGGGGGUUGCAUAUGUACGACGACUAUGAGGGUAAGACGGAGUGCAUGCCUGUACCACUCUGGGGGGAGGUGUAA